GUGGGUCUACAAGCGAAAGCAGCUGAGCAUUGACAGCAAGACCCUCCUCAACGACGCGCUCGCCAACCCGGCCCUCUUCUACAACGCACAUACUUGGAACCCUCCCAGCCAGGGGCAGCUCCACACCAUCGAGACCGAGUACCUGAAGGGAUACAGGAUGGCAACUGGACGCAAGGCCCACAGUCACGACAACCAGAAGACCAACAACAACUAA